AUGGAUUAUUUGCGCAGAGUUAUCGCUAAAACUCCAGCAUACGAGCCACUGGAGGAUUCACCGGAAGAUGACGCCGGAUCGGUAGAGGAACGACAACGGCCAUGGGCUCGCUUUUCGAGGCUGGAGUAUGCUGUCUUCUUCAUACUAGGAGUUGCGAUGCUAUGGGCCUGGAACAUGUUCCUCGCCGCCGCACCGUACUUCCACAGUCGCUUUGAAUCGAAUGAAUGGGCUGCAACACAUUACCAGUCCUCCAUAUUGUCCGUUUCGACCGUCACCAACCUCGCCUCCGCAUACACCUUUGCCCGAAUCCAGAAAAAUGUUUCCUACCCGUGGCGAAUUACACUCUCGCUGCUGAUCAACAGCGCCAUCUUCACCUUGUUGGCUUUCUCCACGGUCCUUUUGACAGAUGUUUCUGUUAAGGUAUACUUUGCUUUCGUUAUGGUCAUGGUUUUUGGGACUAGCUUCGCCACCGGACUCAACCAAAACGGCGUUUUCGCCUAUGUCGCUGGCUUUGGUCGGGAGGAAUAUAUGCAAGCUAUCAUGAGUGGACAGGGUAUCUCCGGUGUCUUGCCGUGCAUUAUACAAAUUCUCUCUGUUUUGGCAGUGCCAAAGAAUGCCUCUGGUGGGCCGCAGGGAUCUUCGCCGAAAUCCGCAUUCAUCUACUUCCUCACUGCGACUGGUGUCUCCGUACUUACAUUGUUGGUUUUCUUGUACCUCCUCAGGAACCGACCGAGUCCCAACCCGAAAACCAACAAUGACGACGAUGAGGAUACGGCUCUGGUUGAGGGCACCGAAGACAAAUCCGUCAGUCUUUGGACCCUGUUUCUUAAACUCCGGCAUUUGGCCUGUGCCGUGUUCUUGGUUUUCACUGUCACUAUGAUGAUCUUCCCUGUAUACACUUCCCGAAUUCUUUCGGUCAAUGACCCGAGCAAAUCGCGGUUGUACGAUGCCCCAGUCUUCAUUCCCCUCGCGUUUCUAUUCUGGAACAUCGGUGAUCUUGCCGGGCGAAUUGCUGUGGCCAUUCCGCAGCUGUCUCUCAGCCACCGCCCGUGGCUAGCCCUCGUUCUGUCGUUCUUGCGACUUGGGUUCAUCCCGCUUUAUCUGCUAUGCAACAUCAAUGGCCAAGGAGCGUCGGUGAAAAGUGACAUUUUCUAUCUUUUCAUUGUGCAAUUUUUCUUUGGCAUAACCAACGGAUACCUGGCAUCGAGUUGCAUGAUGGGUGCUAGCUUUUGGGUAUCUGCAGAUGAACGGCAUGCGGCGGGAGGAUUUAUGGGCACGAUGCUGGUCGGAGGCCUGGCUGCUGGUAGCUUGCUUAGCUUCGUGGUAGCCAGUUGA